AUACCUCAGGUUUACUAUUUUGGCCCAUGUGGCAAAUAUAAUGCUAUGGUGCUAGAACUGCUUGGACCUAGUCUGGAAGAUUUAUUUGACUUGUGUGGUAGGACAUUUUCUCUUAAAACCGUUCUUAUGAUAGCCGUACAGUUGAUUUCUCGUAUGGAAUAUGUCCAUUCCAAGAACUUGAUAUACAGAGAUGUAAAACCUGAGAACUUCUUAAUAGGACGACCUGGAAACAAAACCCAGCAAAUCAUUCAUAUUAUAGAUUUUGGUUUGGCAAAGGAGUAUGUAGAUCCAGAAACCAAGAAGCACAUACCGUAUCGAGAACACAAGAGCCUUACAGGAACAGCUAGAUACAUGAGUAUAAAUACACAUUUAGGAAAAGAGCAAAGUAGAAGAGAUGAUUUGGAAGCUUUAGGUCAUAUGUUUAUGUAUUUUCUCAGAGGAAGCCUUCCGUGGCAAGGUUUAAAGGCUGAUACAUUAAAAGAACGUUACCAGAAAAUUGGAGACACAAAACGAGCAACUCCUAUAGAUGUAUUGUGUGAAAACUUCCCAGAGGAAAUGGCUACAUAUCUACGUUAUGUAAGAAGGCUAGAUUUUUUCGAAAAGCCAGACUAUGACUACUUAAGGAAGCUCUUCACAGACUUACUUGAUCGAAAAGGCUAUAUGUUUGAUUAUGAAUAUGACUGGAUUGGCAAACAGUUGCCUACUCCGGUGGGUUCAAUACAUUCAGACCCUGCACUGUCUUCAAACAGAGAAGCAUAUCAGCACAGAGAUAAAAUGCAACAGUCCAAAAAUCAGGUAGUAAGCUCAACAAAUGGAGAACUGAACACAGAUGACCCAACUGCAGGCCGUUCAAACGCACCCAUCACAGCUCCUGCAGAAGUAGAAGUAAUGGAUGAAACUAACUGCCAGAAAGUGUUGAACAUGUGGUGCUGCUGUUUUUUCAAGCGGAGGAAAAGGAAAACCAUUCAGCGCCACAAAUGA